GAAUAAGAACAUAUCUCCGUUUAAUAGUAGUGUUGUGUACUGAGCGGGGAUGUGGAUACGGUAUAUUUCAGAUGUUGGAUUUUAGUAAACAAGGUGCUUUGUGCCUAAUUCGUGACUUUGUCAACACCAUCCCACAAUCCCCCUUGUUGUUGUUGCCAUGACGAAGCUGGCGGAGUGGCUGUCAGGGCUGACCCUGCUGGGGGUCCUUUGGGCGGCGGUGACCUUCGACCUCCUGGGGCUGGACCUCCCCGAGGCGGUGCUGCAGGUGUCCUGGCCUCUGCCUGUCUUCCUGCUCGUGGCGCUCGGCUGUUACUCGCUGGCGACCGUGGGGUACCGCGUCGCCACGUUCAACGACUGCCAGCCGGCCGCCGCGGAGCUACAGAGGCAGAUCCAGGAGGCGAGGACAGACCUGCAGGGCAAAGGACUGCGGUUCUGAUCCGAAUGGACUGUGCUUCGGACCGAGUUACGAAAAAGGGGGGGGGGGACCAUUGGAGAAGUUUGCACCGUGUAAAAUAAACAGAAAUUUGAUAACG